UGACUCACAGAGGCGGCUCACCACUGGCGCACGGACCGUGGAGGAUACGGGCAGAAGAUGGCUGACUUAGCCGGGGACCGCAAGCCCUCGGCGGCAUCACCAGCGUCACACGGGCCGCUGAAAAGCUGCAAGACAUCCGCCGUCUGGCGACUGUAAACAGCUGCCGCUGCCUCUCAACCCCUCCUCUCCCCUCCUCACCGCAAAUAUUGACAGAAGUAACACAGAGAAAACAUGGCAGAGAUGGAAAAAGAGGGCAGACCUCCGGAAAAUAAAAGAAGCCGAAAACCAGCUCACCCGGUGAAAAGGGAAAUAAAUGAAGAGAUGAAGAGUUUUGCAGAGAACACCAUGAACGAGCUGCUGGGCUGGUACGGCUACGACAAGGUGGAGCUGCGAGAUUCAGACAACCUGGAGAUAGGGGAGACGCCACAGCACAUUUCUGUACUCAAAGAAAACUCGUUGCCAAAAAUCCCAGCUUCAGCAGAGAGCGGCGAAGGCUCUCCGGAUCGAGCCAACAGCUCUCACUCGUUGCCAGCCUCCAGGAACGGAGUCACAGAGCCCUCCACCACACCGUCCACCUCCACGCCCAGCACCAAGGAACAUGGCAACAUGCCCAUCAUGGUCCCUAUGAUCCCCCCACCGCUAAUCAAACCCCCUGCAGAUGAGGAUGCAUCCAAUGUUCAAAUCAUGUGUGCGUGGUGCCAGAAGGUCGGCGUCAAACGCUAUUCUCUGAGCAUGGGAAGUGAAUUGAAGAGUUUCUGCAGUGAGAAGUGCUUCGCAGCCUGCCGCAGAGCCUAUUUUAAGAGGAACAAGCUGGGAUAUAUAAGGAAUUACACUGCGAGAGACGACGAUGGCCUCGGUGGGAAAUUACCCCAGCACAGCUUUACUCAGGACACGCCCAGGCUUGUCUUCAAGACAAACAGCGAUGUGCUUGUGUGUGAUUGGUGCAAACACAUUCGACACACAAAGGAGUACCUGGACUUUGGUGCUGGUGAGCGGAGGCUGCAGUUCUGCAGUGCCAAAUGCCUGAACCAAUAUAAGAUGGAUAUUUUCUACAAGGAGACCCAAGCUGCACUGCCUGGAGCACUGUGCAACCCAGGACACGGACCCCCUGUCGAUGGUAAGGUGGAGUGCAGUGGAGGCGUUCAGCUGCUCACUCCUGAAUCCUGGGGAACGCCAUUAACAGAUCUUCGACGUAAGGCUCCAUCACCAGGGGGACCUUCCACCACCUCUGCAUUGGCCUCUUCUACUUCCUCUGUCACCUCACCCUCAGACAAUGCUGCUGUCUGCUCCCCAUCCUCAUCUUCCUCAGCUAAGAUCCCCACACCCAGACCACAUGAGAGCCCCACACUCCCUCCUCCACCUGUUCCUACUUUGCACCCACCUGUUGGGGUUCCCUCUGGGAGCCCUCCCAUGGUAAUGACACCUCGGGGGCCCAUGCCUCUGCCUCUGUUCAUGGAGCAUCAGAUGAUGCAGCAAAUCCGUCCACCCUUUCUUCGCCCCUCUGCCCACCCAGCAGGGCCCAACAGUCCCCUUUCAAAUCCUAUGAUCCCUGGUAUUGGUCCACCACCUCCCCCUAGGCCCCUUGGUCCAGCAUCCAGCCCCAUGCACAGGCCCCUGCUUUCGCCACAUGUCCAUCCCUCUUCUAAUCCCAACCCCGGCAUGAUGCCUCCCCACCCUGGUAUCCCAAUGCCGGGCCUUCCCCCCUUUCCUCCAGUCAACAUGAUGCCCAAUGGACCGAUCCCCCUGCCUCCAAUGAUGAACUUUGGCAUGCCAUCCUUGGCCCCACUGGUACCCCCACCUACUCUCUUAGUUCCUUAUCCUGUUAUAGUACCUCUCCCAGUCCCAAUACCCAUUCCAAUACCCAUCCCAAUCAGCCCUAAAACAUCCAGGGACCAGCAGGAAAACAGUGGUCCUGUUCGUAGUGCUCCAGAGUCCUCAGAAGCUUCAUCUUCGCGGGGCCAUUCUCCAGGUAUGUCUGGAGGAGACAGAGGGGAACAUAAAGUAGAGCCAGCUGGUGCUGAGCACCUGUCUCCUGGACGCUCUGGCUCAGAGAGAAGCAGGGCAGUGGUGGACUUGACUGUGAAGGCAGAGGACAAUUCGGGAAACCUUUGUAUAACCAGUGGCUCAAGAGGAAUUGAUGGGGUUAUUGAUUUAACUGUGGGUCAGAGGUCAUGCCAACAGCAGGUCAUUCAGAGGGUGCUCCCUGGAGUGCAGGUCAAAGUAGAAGCAGAGGUUGAGUCAAGAUCUCCACCAGCUGCAGGGCUAGGGAGAGAAGAAAAAGGAGGCCAGGAUGGGACAGAAGGGACCUUCUCACAGGGUCUUCCCAACGCUAUAGAGGCUGAGGCACAUUCAUACACACUGGAAUCAUCUGGCUCACCAUCCAGCAACAACAGCCCUUCUUGCAAUGCUAAUCCAGCCACAAGCCAACUUAAUUCUUGUAUUUCUAACCCACAACCCUUAUCUACCACAGCACGGAAUCAGCCCCAACCUCCAACCCAGGAUCAAAAUAGCCCAGCUGCUCUGUGUAAUGUCAUAGUCAACGGUACAGGAUGGCAUUCCCUUCUCACUCCUGCCUUUGAAUCUGACCGUAAAGGAGAGGGGGUUACAGGAGAAGGACAGGAGCAGCCAGCCAACGGUGAGCUGGAACGGGAGGCACUGAAAGAGAACAAUUGCUCAGUGGGAGAAUGGGAGCCAGGGAAGAGGGGCUCAGUACAAGACGAGAUGGCAGAAAUAGGGGAGGGUAAGCCAGAUCCUGACUCCAACUUGGAGGAGGGUGAGCAUGCCUAUGCCCUGCCGCUGCUCUCCACCGGAGGCUGUGUGGUCAUCCAGCCUGUGCCAAAGCCCGGUGCUGACAAGACGGCCUACCUGUCCUGCUCCAUCAGUGCACCGCUUUCAGCUGGAGGGAGCCCAGAGCUGGAGCCGCCGCUGAAGAGGAGGUGUCUGCGAAUCCGCAAUCAAAACAAAUGAGAUGGUUGCUCUGAGGACCGCAGUGCCAUCAGUGACACUCACUUGUCCGUCCCCCUACCCUCCAACUCUCACCCUUUACCACUCCACGUCCGCACACAAAUACAUUGUCCCCGUCCUCCCUCAUCGUCCGUUCUACCAGCACCACAAAUCGCCUUCAAUGACUGAUUAGAGUCCAACCAAACAUGUUGAUGUGUAUCAUAGCAGAGCGAACAGGACUCCUUUUGUCUGUGUGACGGAUGCUCUAACUGAACUUCUACAGACAUGAUGUCAUGGCCAGCAAGACUGCUUUGACCUUUGAAUUAUGGACAGUAUAUCCCUGCAACAGGAGGACUUUACCCCACUGCUUCUCUCUACGUUUAGAGACUCCCAGCCCACACUGCCCCUUUAACUGCCCCCAUCUCUUCAUUCAAAGUGAUCUCUAUAAUGUUUGGUACAAUAAACCAUAGUGUCCAGUACUUAAAGCUGCUCCUGGGAAAUUGACAAAGGAGCCCCCAAAGGAAAUCUUCAUCCCUUUCUUAAACACUCUGGUCCAACUUGAUCCUAAUCCCUGAAGUUUUUAUUCUCAAGAUCUCCAGAAUUUUCACUAUAGAGCCACACAGCUGACAAAAAAGGACCUUUGCUUGUCCACAACCAGCAUAUACUGUAUAUACUUGCCAACCUGACAUCAAGAGUUUUGAUUUUAACAGAUGGUAGCUACAAAUGAGCAUAAAACAAAUGCAUACAGUCAGUGCAAUACAUUUCAUUAAGUUUAAGGUGCAUGAAAAUGAAGGAUGAUUUAAUAAGACUUAUCAGUCAAAGGCUGGAUAACAGCUCUUGGACAUGAAAAUACCUUCAGCUAUGUUGAAAAAAAAUCCCCACUGAAUCAGCAAACUGAAGGAUAAAAUAUUAAGUUUCACCAGCAAAUAAUGGCAUGUGGGUGGAAUCACACUGUCUGCCAUUUUUCUGUUGCAUCUAUCAGUUUGUUCUUGAACCUCAUGGAGUUUAGUCACAUAUUAUCACGCCAGAUUCAAAUAGAGUUGCCAUGAUAAUCAUUCCCGCUAUCACAUACCAUCGGAAUGCUUUCUAUGUGCUUCAACAAUAAGCCACGCAAGAAUCAGUAAUAAAAGGCUCCUGCUGUUUGAGAGCAAUUCAAGGCUUACUGCACUUCCAAAAGAACCGAAAUGGCAUGGCAAUGUAGGAACUCUGCCAACCUGCAAUGGGUACUCACUACCGCAGGCUAGUACUUAAUCUUUUCUAUAAUACAUUUGCAGUGAUGUUCCUGUCAUGGGUUAGUUUGAGACUGACUGCACUGAAUUUAGAGAGGGCAGAAGGAAGCUUGGUCUUUCAUAAAUAAUUCUCUAGGGACCUGGAGGAAAAGUGCUGAAGUAACACGACAGAAAUAUUUAAACAAUAAGUAAAGUGAAAACAAAUUCAUUUCGAAAUCUUCUUUUGCUUCUCUGCAGAAUCUGCCUUUACAUUACCUCUUUUUUUUUGCCAAUGAUUAUUUGUCUUAAGCCAAAUCUAAAGCCAGUGUUGUUCUGUUUUCAUAGUCAUGCUCACGGCACAGCUUUUACUAAAGGCAACCCUACUGUCACCUAUCAGUUACAAUGCAGCUUAAGCUAUGAAAAACAGAGCCAGUGUUGAGUUUACACUCUUAUGCAGGAGGUACAUUGUACCAGUUUGAGAUAAGUGACUAUCAUAUGCCAAAGGCUGCAGGUGUGUUGAAACAAAACAUGUCACCUGUGUUUCAGUCAAGAACUGAAGAUUUGAUUUGAUAGAUAAUUUCUAGUUGCCAAAAUAAGAAGCACUUGAUUUGAGGAAGAAAGAAAGAUACAGUAGUACAUGAGAAACAGUAUUACCGCUCGUGGUGAGAUGUGAAGGUGAAAUGCAGUUCUAGAUUAAAAAGAUGUAACAUGACUUUAGGAUCCUUGAUCCUGCAUUACAUUGAUAUGUAGCCCCUUUCUAUUUCACAGUUUACCUUUGUUUUAUUCCAUUCUGUCAUGGUUCAACAAUGUGUAGUGUGGUCAAAUAAGGCCCAACAUAUUAUUUAUACAUACAUACAUCCACAGAUGCACACAUCACAGAUCUGUAUACUCAUGACACAGGUUCACAGACAAUGCACAUAGUAAUUUUAACUUGGUGUGUGUGUGUGUGUGUGUGUGUGUGUGUGUGUGUGUGAGGCAGGUGCAAGCAGAGAGCCCAGUUGAGAUUACAGAGUGUUGACUCAGAGUAAGCAGUGUGCAACUCUAUCUGCGCCUGUUAGUCAGGCAUUUAGGCUUAGCUUGCUGCUUGCCAAGGCCCUGCUUUGGUGUCACUUUAAGCAUUUCCUUGCCCCAGCUUCAUUUCUCUCAAAACCGAGGCAGUGGAAAAAAAACGGUCUUUCUAAGCAGCCUUUUUUUCUCUGUUUUUAAUUAAUCCAUAUGAAUCAGUUUUCCCUUUGAUUACAGUUUCUCUAAGUAUCGUGAGGUUUCCACACACAGGCCAUUCUUAAAAAGAGAGGAGGCUGAUAUUUUUCUGUCCGGCCAUGAGUUGAAUAAUCGUGAAUCUUUUAGUGAGAGCAAUGAUGCGAGGGCUGAUGAUUCAUCUGCUUGGUGUUAGUAGGGGAGAGCUUUUCUCCAAAUUUGUAACCCUAACUCAGAAAGAAGAGGAUCAACCCUUUAAAAAAGGUUGUUAGAGGUUGUAUUGUUCUACAUGACAUGUACGGCAGAAUGAAACAUGUUUAUCCUACUAGCAGUGCAGACUUAUGAAGUCUAUGUUGGCACUUUGCCAUAAAAUGAACUGAGCACAUUCAUGGGAAUCAGAGGAAUGUAGAUGCUCCUCUCUGUUUCCUCAUGCAUCACCCUUUGAAGAAAUGCUAACAGUCAUAUUUCAGAUUAACUGUUGGGCAACUCCUGGUAACAUUUUAUAUUAAGGUAUGCAUAUUCAUCAUGAACUAGUUGAUUACUAGCAAAUUUAUAAGUGGCACACUGACUUAAUCCUUAUAAAGCACUUAUUAUUAACUCAUUGUGCAAAUCAUUAAUAGUUUUUCUCUGUAACCUCUGAGUAUUGCAUAUUAAUAGGAAGUAAGUCAGUUUUGGUACAUACUGAAUACAUGUACAUUAAUAUGAUGUGUUACCAAACUCCCUUCCCCGAGGACAUAUUCUGAGUUAACCUCUUAACCUUUUGUCUCCGACUAUGAGGCCAAACAGUACAUUUCUGACUACUGCUCUUAAAAAGAGUUUCAGUACAAGAGCAUUAUCUUCCCCUGGAAGAUAAAGUUUCUUUUGUACAUGCUGUACAUUUUUAAUAUAACAUGUUACCAAAUGCCCUUCCUAAAGGACAAAUUCUUAUUUUGAUCUCUUGACCCUUUGUCUCCAACUAGGAGGCCAAACAGUACAUUUUUGACUACUGAUCUUAAAGAGAAUUGCAGUAGACUAGCAUUAUCUUUACCUGAAUAUGAAAAGGUGGAGGCGGCUCCACUUUUAAUGAGAUGCCAACUGCAGUCCAUUGUUUUGUCUGUUGUUUCUCCAUGCUUGACACUCCCACACACAGACUCAUCACAAAGUCACACAUACAGAUAGACAAAACAUCACGCCUAAUUGUGUCUGAUCCUAUUCCGCACCAUUUUGUGUUAUAGCGUUGCAAACGGUAUACUGUCCAUGUCUGAGACCGAUGUUGAAGAUGUGGCAGUCCUGGACUAUUGAAUCAGUCCCUGUGAUGGCAAACAGACUUGUGACAAAUCUCCAGCAUUCCUUUUUGAUGAUGGACUACAGGCCUGGUCAACAGCCUGAAUUAUGCAAUGACAACUAUCUCCAACCCUGAUAGAGACACGUGGUCCACAGACAAAUUAAAACACGACAUGACUUCAUGUUACUUUUCAAAAACAACAGAGAAGUUGCCUUAACUCUUGCUUGUAUAAUCUCUACAGUUAAGACAAUGAUGCCCGCUUGUAAAGAAGACUCUCCCUUCUUUGUACAAAAUGAAAUAUACCAGAAACAACAACUUUGUUAUCUUGCUAGUGUCAAUGUAUAGAUGAUCAGCUUUUUCUGUAACUUGUAUGGACCGUCACAUUUUUGCUAAGAAGAAACCCUCCUCCCAACUUCCUUGUUCCUAAACAUCCGAUCUGUUCAACGUUUUAACUCGUGGUGGACUGUCAAUCUUUUUGUGUACAUUUUAUAGUAUUAUUUAUUGUUGACAAGUUUUGCAUUUGCAGAUAAUAAAAAAGUGAAGGUGGUUUGACCUGAGCAUUCUAUUCCAAUGUAAAUGCCUGGUGAACAGUGAAAUGCUUUUUUAAUUAUUAAACUGGAGAAAACAGUAAUAUGAGGAGAUGAUCUUCUGUCUUUUUCUUAUGACGUUGUAACAUGUACAUAACAUGUGGCCAAAAUUGCUUUGGAAAAUAAUCUUUUUUUUGUGUUGUAACAGUAUUUGUUUUAUCCAGUGAAUUGCUCAUGAAGACAAAUAAAUAAGAGGCACACACAA